CUGUGCCUCUCCCCUAGGGCUGCUGCGGGAAGAGGUGUCCCGGCUGCAGGAGGAAGUGCACCUGCUCCGGCAGAUGAAGGAGAUGCUGACGAAGGACCUGGAGGAGUCGCAGGGCGGCAAGUCCGCCGAGAUCCUCUCGGCCACCGAGCUCAGGGUGCAGCUGGCCCAGAAGGAGCAGGAGCUGGCCAGAGCCAAAGAGGCCUUACAGGCCAUGAAAGCCGACCGGAAGCGCCUGAAGGGCGAGAAGACGGACCUGGUGAGCCAGAUGCAGCAGCUGUACGCCACGCUGGAGAGCCGCGAGGAGCAGCUGCGGGACUUCAUCCGGAACUACGAGCAGCACCGCAAGGAGAGCGAGGAUGCUGUCAAAGCUCUGGCCAAGGAGAAGGACCUGCUGGAGCGGGAGAAGUGGGAGCUCCGGCGCCAAGCCAAGGAGGCCACGGACCACGCCACGGCGCUGCGCUCCCAGCUGGACCUCAAGGACAACCGGAUGAAGGAGCUGGAGGCUGAGCUGGCCAUGGCCAAGCAGUCCCUAGCUACGCUGACCAAGGACGUCCCCAAGCGGCACUCCCUCGCCAUGCCAGGCGAGACCGUGCUCAACGGCAACCAGGAGUGGGUGGUGCAGGCGGACCUGCCGCUGACCGCAGCCAUCCGGCAGAGCCAGCAGACGCUCUACCACUCGCACCCCCCGCACCCUGCAGACCGGCAAGCGGUCAGGGUGAGCCCCUGCCACUCCCGGCAGCCUUCCGUCAUCUCCGACGCAUCUGCCGCCGAAGGCGACCGGUCAUCCACGCCAAGCGACAUCAACUCCCCUCGCCACCGGACGCACUCCCUCUGCAACGGCGACAGUCCCGGCCCAGUUCAGAAGAACCUGCACAACCCCAUUGUACAGUCACUAGAGGAUCUUGAAGACCAAAAACGGAAAAAGAAGAAAGAGAAGAUGGGAUUUGGCUCCAUCUCCCGCGUCUUCGCCAGAGGGAAGCAGCGGAAGUCCCUCGACCCCGGCCUGUUUGAUGGUACCGCCCCUGAUUAUUACAUAGAGGAGGACGCGGACUGGUGAUACCCGCCUCCCUGCGCCCGCCGCCGCCCGGCGGGCGUGUCUGUGCGUGUGGGUGUGCGUGGGGCGUGCGUGGCAGGUGUGGGUGCUGGGCGUGGCCAGGCGCGGACGCGUGGGACCCCUCCCCUUGCGGCGCCACCUCUGUAAUUGAUGUACAUACCGCAAACGUGUGUGACUCUGUCAACUCUGUCGUCCUCGGCGCGAUACGGUCGGUCGUGUUGUUCAUCUGGGUUUGUUUUGUUCUGUAUUUUUGUUCCCCUUUUGUCUUUAUGUUUCCUUUCGUUCGGUUCGUUGGGUUGUGUUUGUCCCUCCUGUCCCCUCCCCUCCCCUCCUUUCUAUGAAACUUGAAAACUUGAAGGACUGCUGUGUAUUUGUAAAUAACAAAAACGACUGUGCACUCCGUGCUUGUACAUGUCCCUCGUCCGAACUGCUACUCCCGGAGCCCCUCUCCCCGAGGACGUGGUCUGUCUCCCGUGCCCCCCGCCCCCGUGUGAACGUGUGGGACCAGACCCUGUGCUCGGGGUGCGCUCAAGUCACUUUAGCCACAAAACGCCACUGUCGCCAGGGCGAGGUCCCUCUCCGCAGCCUCGGAGCCCCGGCCGCGGCGGGGCCUUGUCUUGGCUGGGUUUGUUGAGGUCCAACGGGCUCUUUUCAUGGCCUGCCAGUUUUUAAAUUGCGUUGCCAUUUCUUUCUUUAUGGAAAAAAAAAAAA